UCGCCGUCUGAUUCCUCAAGGAAGCAGCCACUUUGGCAUACAAGAUUUUCUUCUAGCAGUCAAAUGACGUGGUUUUUAUCAUCGCAACUGGAAUAUGCUGCUGCUGCUGGGCUUAAUAUAAAGUGUUGUGCUGUGCUCCAUACCACGUACUGUAACGGAGGAGGAAAGUGAAAAGUAAACAAAUAAACUACCUUAAUAACGCAAUCAUUCAUGCGAUUCUCCAGAGUUUUGACUGAAUGUGCACUACUUUCGACUCUUGCUGGAUUACUCCAAUGCCACUGCUCCAUAGUUUAUAAGUGAAAAUUGCAGCACGCAGAGAAAGUUUUUUUUUCAAACUGUGUUGUGAAAGCAAAUUUUUUUUACUGAAUUGUAAAAUUAUUUACUCGAAAUAACGUUUUUCUCCGAAGUGUACGGGCAUACAUGCGCUUGAACUAAUUCUAUCGACUCAAUCUCGUAACUCUUGGAUGACAACUUAUAGUUAUCGAUAAGGGAAUAUUAGCAAUAUGGAAGCGUUCGGUCUUGGACCUCUACCUAAUGGGUGGGAGGCUAAGAUUGAGCCAAAGACGGGACGACUAUAUUUUAUAAAUCAUUCUGGGAAAACAACAACGUGGAUUGAUCCUCGACUGGUCUUCCCUCCUCCACCAUAUAACAUUGCCGUAGCUCAACCAUCAGCUUAUUUCGAGGACGUUGGUGGAAGCCGUUGGUCGAGCCCGGUGCCCAGCUUGCGUGCUUUCACAUUGAACCGACGGGGCUCUUCACCACGACUUGGAGGUUCCCCUCGUAUUGCUCCAUCUCCAGUGCCCACGCCACGAAGAAGUGAGCAGCAGCAGGUCAUACUGGGUGUGGCUCAAGAUAAGCCAACCACAACUUCCGUCACUAUUGCAGCGUCCACUUCUGCUCAGAAUGAAGCAGCUCCUGGAACCAGUCGUGGGCGUUCGUCCAGCAUUGGGACAGAAUCUAACGCGUUGCUUAUCAACAAUAACGAGAUUCCGUAUGAGCGACCCCAAUCCGCGAGAUCAUUCUCGAGCGCCUCUUACUCCGGGGUCCCGUCCUUCUUGGGCACGUGCGAUGCAGAAACAGGAUUCAGAACCGUUUGCGCCCUUUUUCCCACGGCAGGAGAACCACACAUCCGACACUUGUUUCACAAAUACCACAAUCGUGCAACGCUGGUCGUGUCGGCGUUGCAGGUCGAGAAACACCCUUACGUUGCAGAAAUUGCGAGUCACUUGGACUUGAAGCUGAAGGAUGGAGAUACGGACACGAUUGCGUCAUUACUCGGCGAGAACAAGUCGAUAGGCAUUCAUUCACCUUACAAAACGAGCAGCUUCACAACAGGGAGCCCAGCUAGAACAGGAACUCCUAUCUCCAUGCUAAAAUUCAGUAAUAAUCCUUCAUCCACGGGAAGCAUUCACACUCGGUGGGGUUCCCCAAUGCUCUCCAUGUCCCCACAACUGCAAAUGGUUAAGGAAGAAAGCAAAAACCAAAUUGCCAAGAGUCCAAAGAUGAAGCUAAAAUAUUUGAAGGGGAUUUUCCCAGCAGCAGAUGAAACAUUCUUGUUGGACGUUUUGAUCUCUUGCGAAGACAAUAUACAAAAGGCAAUGCAGAAGCUGCUUCAAAAGGGCUUUACGCGAACGCCACCAGCAAAACCGGCUAGGCAAAAGUGGCUGGAGGUAAAACUGCUUAUUGAAAAGCGGAAUAAAGCAUUGGAGCAACAAAAGGUUGUAAACCAAAUGCAUAUAUCCUUGGGUGAGCCGGUCGAAUCCCCCUUCCCAACCCCACUCAUGAAACCUGCUCGACCUCAUUUAUCAGCAGAAGAUAAGGAAAAGGUGAAGGAUGACUUAAUCAAAAGGUUUCCCAACCUGCCAAACAGAUUUGUAUCGUGGGCGUCCGAAGCUGCCAAGUUUGAGUUGGAGAAAGCAUCCAGAUUAUUGUCAGAAGUUGGACCUGAAACUCCAAAUGAAUUCAAAGCAUUCGUGGCUUUAUCCCCAGUAAAUGAUGCUCCUUCUGCUGCUUUUUGUAGACUGGGAAGAGACGAAAGCGUCGAGAAACGAAUGGUGCGAUUUGCCGAGUCUGGAGACACAAUGGCUGAAGUUGUCAAGAGUGUCAUUAGUCCUGGAAUGCCUCAUAUCGCAAGAUUAUCAUGGAAUAAAGUUGACGACUUUAAAACUACAGAUAUUGACACACCAGACUCUGGUUACUUUGAGCUUGAAGGAAAAAGUAGAAAGAAAAACUUUAUCACUUCAUUGUUCAAGUCAAAGUUUGACAAAGAAAAAGAUUACUCUAAUACAAGUAAAACGGCCAAAGGACCGAAUUCUUCAUUGGUGCGAGGAUCUAACCCAGCACUUCUCCAACCCACGUAUAUGCCUGUAAAAGGCCCAAGUGUAUUGCACAAAGGACCUCAACUUACAAAUCGUGUCGCUGCCACUGGCCUUGCUCAUGGCCCCAACCCCAAAUUAGCUAAGGGGUCAAUGUGGGCCAACAAUAAGAAAAAUAACCCCACCGCCGGGUUCCAGCAUGUUACGGUUGGGGGAUAAAAACCAUUUGGUUGAGAUAUUCACGUGUUAAACUUAAUUUUACUAUAUAACUAAACGUGUAUAAUUUUACUAUCAGACGAUAAUUGUCGAAUGAUCAUGUAAUAUGCAACCAUUCCAUCCUGGAUCUCAUUAAUUCAGUAUUUUCUUGAUGCCAUCCUCACCACCGACAAAUUAACAUUCCGUGCCAAAACAGUACAUUCUAUUUGAUCACUAGAUUGCUUAAGCAGUUAAUCUACAAUGUUUUAUGAAUGUAAUAGUAGUAAGCACAUAAAUACAUUGACUAGUCAACGACUAUCUACAUAUGUAAUACCUCAGGGGUUUUUGGGUUUGCCCAAAUCUAAGCUUUAUAGUUGCAUGGACAAACUAUUGUAAAAUAUUCUAGUAAUGUGUACAAGAACUUUGUGUAUGAGGUUUGAACAUGCAUUGAACACUGUUUUAUUUAGACACUAAACUAAUACUUUAAUCAUCAAACGGAUGUUGUGAUUGUUGUUGUGAUGUGAUUGUAAAUUACAAAAAAAUUGUGUUAGAUGCAGAAAACAAAUACUAUUUUCCGUUGGUAGAAAUUCAAAAUUGUGUGCACCUUCUGUAAAUGUUGAAGAAAAAGUUGAGCAUAAUAAAUAAUUUUGCAGUGUUCAAAUCAUUCCUGUUGUGAGUCACAGAGAAAUCCAUCUAUCAAACCCAAUCUCAUUAUUUUACAUACUUGUAUACGGAAGAAGACUGACGACACAACAGGGACGAAUGGCUGGUUUGCACUAAUCGGUGAUAAUAAAAUAUGAUAAAGAGAGCUGAUAAUUUACAAUACCGAAGGUUUGGUAGUAGAAAAGUCAGCUCAUAAUAAUAUAAUUGUAAAAUUAUAAAUUCCUCUCACCUAACCUGUCGUACAUAUGUACUUAUGCAAAUACAUACCACUUUCAAUCAUUGAAAACAAGUCAGUUUCUUAACAGCAGUAACAACAAAUAAAUAAUAAAUACAGCUUAGAAAGUAGGAAAUUUAAGAAGCUAAAAAUACUGGAAUGUCUUCUCAAAAAACGAGUAGUCAGCCCAAACCAAGGCCUAAGCAAUCAUUUUCACUGCGACCUGGCACUCCACCACAAUCCUCCAAACUUUACUCUAAGGAUGAACGCCAUGUAUUGGGUAGCGAAAUUUACUUAUUUAGAGUCAAUGCAAGGAAGAACAACUCCAGAAAUGCAAACGUCGCCCAUCAAACGACCGGUGGAUUCCCCAAAUCAUCAAAUGAAAACGAGCUUUGAUUUCAACGGUAACAUUCCUGCCAAAACCGCAGAAAUGACGUCCGUCUACAUGCAAGAUUACUGUAACAAAUCGCCGGCAACAGCAACAUCAUUAGAAAAAUGAUUAACAGUUAUUUAUGUAUUAAUAAAUAUGUAACUGCUACUCCAACUUAUCUAAACUAAAAGUAACCUAUUAUGUAAGUAGAUAAUUACAAAUACUGAAUAUUUAUUAAACUUUGUAAUUUCUAUUGAUUUACGGAUAAAUACGUAUCUGUUGUUCAUGUAAAAUGUAAA